AUGAAUUUGUCGUUACAAGACCCUUUCUCCGUCGCAAAAGAGUUUCCAGAGAAUCUAACGAGUACCUUAACGUACGGCCACUCAGUAUGCAUUCAAUUCAACGAGCAAGGUGAUUAUUUGGCAUCUGGUUUAUCUGAUGGCUCUAUAGUAAUUUAUGAUAUGGCGUCACACGGUAUUAUAGCACAUAUCACCCAAGAUUGCCAUGUGCGACCGAUUACCUCCAUCAGUUGGUCUAAUUGCGGACGAUAUAUUUUAAGUUCUUCACAAGACUGGUACUGUAAACUCUGGGAUUUGAGCAAGAUAGUUUCCAACGAUAACUGCAACAACGACACCAACGACACCAACGACAAUACGGACAAACCAUUGUCACUGCCACUUUCCUCGCAUUUAUCCCCAGUAAUCCGUCAAGUAAAGUUUGAUGGCCCCAUAUGGCUGGCGAGUAUGCAUCCAAAAAACCAUUUCGUUUUUGUUGCAUCGCUAUUCGAAGAUUCACCCGUGCAUGUGGACUUGACCAAUGAGUCAAAGCCCAUAGUUACAAAGUUGAGAACAGAGCCCUUGGCAAACGAUGUCAAGGAAGAAGAGCGCGGCGAAGAAGAGGAGAGGUCAAGGAAACGACGGAAAACUAAUGAUAAGCACUUGACGUUAGUGACGACUUUUAGUCCAGAGGGUCGUUAUUUUUUUGCAGGAACGAGCAAAGGUUGGCUCAAUACUUUCCGAGCAAGCGAUUUGAAUCUUGUUUAUUCUGUGAAAAUGGCAAACUCGAAUAUCAAAAACAUUGCAAUAUCACCGAAUGGCAGGAAAUUGGCCUUGAAUUUCUCAGAUCGAGUGAUACGACAGGUUGAUUUACCCGAUAUCCUCAACGCGGAUGACGACGUUAAAGAUUGGGAUUUUGAAAUUGACCACAAGUACCAGGAUGUCGUCAACAGAUUGCAGUGGAACUCGAUCAGUUUUAAUCAUAAUGCUGACUUCCUUAUAGCCUCGACGCAUGGGCAAUCUUCUCACGACUUGUACUUGUGGGAAACAUCGAUGGGGUCAUUGAUCAAGAUCCUUGAAGGGUCCAAUGAGGAGUUGAUUGAAGUCAAGUGGAACUAUAGGCGAUGUAAAAUUGGGUCAAUUGGGUUAGAUAGCGGCGCGAUAUACAUUUGGCUGAUCCAAUUCCCACAAAAGUGGAGUGCAUUAGCACCAGACUUUGUUGAGGUAGAGGAGAAUAUCGAUUACGUAGAGAAAGAAGACGAGUUUGAUAUUUUGGAUGAAAACGAGCUAAACAAGAUGAGAAUGGAGGAAGUGGAUUUGGAUGUGGAUAUCACGACAAAAGAGGCUACCGACGCGCGAGGUUUUGAAACCGUUGAGCAAAAUUUUAUCAUACCAAUAGAUUACCACAAGAAAUUGUUUGAGUAA